CUCUGUUUCUUUCCUCUAGACUGUGGGGUUGUGUCUCUUGCUAUGAUGCCAGGGCAGAUUCCAGACCCAUCCCUGACAGCUGGCGCUCUGCCUGGCCUUGGCCCCUUGACGGGACUACCUGGUACCACCUUGACAGCAGAAGAGCUCAAGUAUGCUGAUAUUCGCAACAUUGGAGCCAUGAUCUCACCACUACAUUUCCUGGAAGUGAAACUGGGGAAAAGGCCUCAGCCAGUGAAAAGUGAGCUAGACGAAGAAGAGGAAAGGAGGAAAAGGCGCCGAGAAAAGAAUAAAGUAGCUGCGGCUCGGUGUCGGAAUAAAAAGAAGGAGAGGACAGAGUUCCUGCAGCGAGAAUCUGAGCGCCUGGAGCUCAUGAAUGCUGAGCUGAAAGCCCAGAUAGAGGAUGUGCGGACAGACAGUGUCAAAACACCUGAGAGCGAAGCCAAUCCGCUGCUCGAGCAGCUAGAGAAGAAAUGAAAGGGGGCACGGUGGGCCAGGGACCAAAAGACCAAGCAAGAUCUUUUUGACAGUCUCUCAUCUAUGUACUGUAUGAAGAACUGUGCACCAAAGAUUGGUGCAAACGGAACACAGUGUCCUCCCUUGGGGAUGGCGUGUACCAACCAAACGGAGGGAAUGUAGAGGGCGGCCACAGAAACAGCAGGAGGGGAAGCCGUUCUCCUGUUCGAGGCUUCACCCCAGUGGGCGUGGCAUCUGCUGCAAGGGCUCAUCUGGUGUCUCAUUGUGGCUUUUCAACCAGCCUUGGAGAACCUUCAAGACACCCAUUGGAGUGCAUCCCAAGCCUGGAACAUAUUGGGACGUGAGGAGGCAGCGCUGUGGCUUCCCACUUACCCCUCUUCUCACAGCUGAUGGUUGUCCCCGGAACAACAAGGGGAGGAAGAAGCCGGUGGCAGGCAAAGCUGCCCUGGCGUUAGUUCCUGCGUCCUCCCGCUUUGAACCCGGCCUGUGUUCUCUGCACUCUCUUCAGAACUAAACUAAACCAGAAACCAAGAAUGGCAAACACUUGACGCAAGUCCUGUCUCAUUGCUGGGCCUGUCUGUGGCACUGUGGCGCAGGCGCCCCCCCACAAGCACACCCCUCAGUAUAAUGUUUACAGCCCAGCUGUCCAGGCCAUGCUUUGAAAAUGCACAUUUUUACACUUUUUUAUAUUUUUUACAAAGUUUUUUUAUACAGCAGUCUCUAUAUGGAUUUAUAUAAUCACUAGAUGUGAUCCCAUAGAAAUGUAUGUUAUUAUGGUCUCUUUGUUACAUAUGCAUAUGCCACAGUUAUCUCCAUUGUGUUACUUGUUUUGGUGGCAUUGGCUCUUUUCCCUUGGCAUGCUGGGAAACAGGCCUGGGCCUCCACACAGGGUCUGCUGCCAUGUCCAUCCAUGUAUGUCAUUCAUAAUACUCAGUCCUGUAUC